AUCCGGCUGCAGACUGUCUAGUACCUUCUGUGAGAUGGAUAUUUUGCAACAUAUUUCAUUACCAGUGGCAGUUCGUGCAUUGGCGAGUAGUAAUUUCUAUGAUGAUGGCAUGAAGAAACUCAAGGUCAUGCCGUUUCAUAACUGCAAUGAAGAAGAGUUUGUAGAUUUGCUGACAGAUAGAGAAGCCACAAACUCGACCAACAACAGCAGCUUGCAACAUAUCUUGGUGAAAAGCAAGUCGGCCACACUGUCUGCAGUGACUAUAGAUGAGAAUGUGCAGCCUUAUUUGAAAACGUCAGCAUCUUUACAGCAAGAGUUGCCACAUGUAUUUCAUUUAAAUAAUGGUGUGACUUCAACUCUCGGGACAUUUGGGUGUAGUCUUAGGGUCAAUCAUCCGUCACGUAGAGACACAAGAAGCAGCUGUGACUCACCAGGUGUUGAUGAAAUGGAAUGGCCAAGUCAGCAUCACCAGGAGGACAGUCACUUUCGCAUCAUUCAGAGUACAAGUACGUCAUCUUCUGCAAAUGCUGCUGCACCUGCAAUCAACAUUAGUGGCUGGGGAAGAGACAAACCGCAGCCACCAUGUCUCGUCAAUUCACCGACAAAUAGGAUAAAGCGCCGCUGUGUAUUCCGUAGCUCAGGACGGCUAACAGAGUCACUACAUGAUGAUGCAAUUCACACCAAUACUAGCUUCAGCAGCAGCAGCAGUGAGAAGCUUGGUCACCAUGGCUACAGUUGUACUCGGCAGUUGAACAGCAGCGGUGAGGAGUACACUUGUUCAUCAGCAGACUGCUCGGAGCCUGAUGACAGCUCCCUCAUUCCCCUUAGCAGCGCUAUCACCCAGCUAGUCGACCAACGAGAUGAAGACCCUCAUACAGUCAUAUCACCUCAACCAAACAGUGAGCGGCAGGAGUAUCACAAUGAGAAGGAGAGAGUGCGAAGAAAGCGCAUCAGCAUAGCUUGUGAGGCACUGAAGAGUUGUGUACCCGGAGUUUCAGGGAAGACAGACAGAGCCACGGUGUUCGAGAUGGUUGUUCAAUAUGUUCAGUUACUACAGAGCAAGGUUGGAAACAAAUACGAUUCUGAGUUCUUAGACAUCUGCAUGUAAUCCCUUGUAGAUACCUUGAGUUAUUCUUAUUGGUGCCAAUACGAUUCACCAAGCCACAUGAAAGGAUCCCAGUGCCAUGCAGUGUUUGGAGGCCAAGGCUGUCAGCAGAGUAAUAGAAAUAGCAGGGUAAAAACUGAGAAGCUUUUUCAAACGUGUAGGUUCCUUACAAGGAAAGUUUAAUAUAAUACUUUUAUAUAUUUAAAUCAUAGUAUUAAGCUUAUAUAGAAAGAAUGUGAAAAAAUGUUUGUUUUGUGCUAAUGAUUAAAUGUUGAUUUCAUUCUAAAUGAUAAUGCCUUUUAAAGUUUAUAGCUAAUUUAAAAGAGGUUUCAUCACUGUUUGACAGUUUUAAAAUGGUUCCAAUGAACAAGUAAAGUUUGGUAUUAUUACUUUAUCAGUUUUAUAUUAUUAAAAUCUUUGUUUAACAAACACUGAUGAACAGUGUAUUUGAGUGUAUUGUUCUAUUAACUUCUGCAGUUUGUGGGCGUUGGGGCAGAUUAAUAAAAUGUAUCCAUUUCAGCAGAGCAAAACCAGAAACAAAUUAAUACCUCAGGUAUUAAAACAAAGAAUUUUAGUGACUUAAAAUAAUUUAACAUGUGUUCUUACACAACAGUCUAAAUUUAGCAGUCCACAUUCAGUUUGCCUGCUCACAUCUUUACUGCUCUUUACAAAAAUACAUACUUUGCUACUAUUCGCUUUGCAAACUUUCUUUGCGAUCAAACGUCUACACAAUCACGAUCACACAUCUACACAAAUACACACUCUACAUUAUGUAUCACAACUGUCAAAAUGCAGCUACCAACAUAUUUUUCUUGAUACUGUAUAUAGGUAAGUCCUGGUAUCUCUUUUAAAUGCAUUUACUAGGCUCAUGCGUGAUAGAUGACUGAACGUUUAGAAUAUCGAUAGGAAAGCAUAAUGCUUGACAGAGGUGAUAUGACAGCAGUGCAGAUGCAGCUAGGAUCGCUACCAAGUUGAAUAUAACAACUUUCUACAGUUUGCAGCAACUGUAAAAAUACGAAGUGCACAACCACUCCAGAUUGCCUCCAUCUGUGUUAAAAACCGAAACAUUGCAAUACGAAGGGUCAGGUGCCAAAGGCAGAAAAACCUUAAACUUGAGUAAAAACCUGCAACAAAUUCAGCCUAACACCCGUAGUCUCCCUGCUUUAUACGUUUUCAAUCUAUACAUUACUAUAAAGUAUUUACAUUUGUGAACUCAGUAACAAAUGAUUAACAAAUGCAUGUGAAAGUGCCAACCACUGAUCUUUAUAUACCAAUUAGAUGGCUUUUGGUGGCCACUAGGUGUGGCCCCCAAAUGCCAUGACACCAGUCCUAGUAGAAGUAUUAUCAUAGAAUAGGCCAAUAGGCUGAGCCAAGUAUUCAUGUGACUCGUGAUGUCACGGACAAAACCUCUUAUGUAGAGACUAACACAUCGUUUGUCUCUCUUGCUGUAUAAAUGCACAUAUAUAUAUACCCAUUUGACAAAGUUAUGGGGUACACACGGCAGAGUUCCGCAUUUGGGCGUGGUUGCAAGAUGGCGGACAGCGGCGCGGUGGUGUUACUUUCUCACCGACCGUGGAUUGGCUAACCGCUGUUCAGUUAGUAUAUAGAGAUCAGUGAUGCCAACCUAAAGCUUCUCUUUUUUCCAUGUUUUCAAUUCUGUUAUUCAAUCUGCGUGCAAACUAAGCGACAAUGAACAUGAACUAGGUCUUCUUCACCUGUACUGAAAAUCGAAUAAUAAACGGUCUCGGUUCAUUUCAAACAGAACAUACUUAUCAGUAAACAUUAAUCAUGCAUAUCGGGGCGAGAACAUUUAUUGCAUUGAUAACGUACUGCGGAAAGA